GACACCUACAUUUGUUUACAAAUGGCCGCGCAAAGUAUUGUUCGCAACCUAUCGGAGGAAUACUUAACGUGUCGCGUUUGUUUACAGUCCUACGAUCGUCCGCGUCGUCUUCCCUGUCAACAUUCCUACUGCACAGAUUGUAUACGCCAGCUGAUAAGGACUACAGAAAAUAGGCGUGGAAAAUUGACGUGUCCACUCUGUCGAUCCGAUGUCAUAGUACCAAACGUUUCGCAUGACGAAUUUGUCAAUAAUUUGCCUCUGGAUUCGCUGAUUGCUGACCUACAGAUAACUUUAUCAAAACACGACCAAACUCCGGAAAUAACGCGAGCAGACGUUUGUUGCGAUCAUUCGGGGAAGGAGCUUGAUCAUUACUGUUUUCAUCACGCGCAAGUAAUAUGUGCAAAGUGCAUUGACACCUCUCAUUCGGGAAUACUUUGUCGAUGUCUGCCUAUAAAUGAAUCCUAUCGAGAGCUUCAGCCACGAAUAGAACGAGUUCUAAAACGACUGCAUUUGAAGCUGAAUGAUGCAGAAGUUGAGACAAUCCACGAUCGCUCGUUUGAGGAAAGUAAGCAGAAAACUUUAGACGAAAUCGCUAACUUGGAGAAAGGAAUAGAGAACAUAUUUGAAACCUGCAGACGACAGAUCUCGGUUCUUCGCUCUGACAUUCAGAAGUUAAAUCGAGAAUAUUUAUCGAAAAGAAAAGAUUUUUUUCAUGCUGUUAAUUUACUGCUGGAAACAACAAGUCACAUUGAAUGCCUAAAGAAAGAUAAGAAAUACAAACACUUAAUUGAAUUGCUACCUAUUAUCGAAAAUCAACUGGAAACUAACUUUGAUACACCGACCUCCAAAACAGCAAGUUUAAAAUUGACCUUGUAUGACGAGGUAAAGGAAUUUCUUCGUGGAUUUUCUGCAGUAGGAUUUGUUGAACUAAAGGGAGUGAGAAGUGACUUGGACACCGAUUUUUCAGAUUUGCAAUUAAAAACGAACAACUCCAGUGCACCUCCUCUAUCCAUAAGCCAUAUUUUGAAUAGAAUUAAUUAAAAUGGCGGGGAAUAACGUUGCGUUUAGCGUCGACCAGAGUUUUGAUGCUAAAUUACCCGAUGAAUUGUCUUGCUACCUUAACAAAAUUGUUUACCUUCCAGGCACUAGUGACUUGUGUAUUCUAGAUAGAGAAAAUGCCAAACUCAAACGAUUUUCUGUAUUUGGUGACAUUAAAGGAUCACUUUCACUAAUCGAUGUUCCACAUUCUAUGUGCUGUAUUAGACAGAAUGGGAACAUAGUUAUAACGAAACCAGACAAAUCAGUGUUAGAAAUAGUUGAAACUUCACGCGAGAAAUUUAACAUUCAGAGAUAUAUCCAAACCGACAAGAAAUAUUUCGGAAUAUGUCAGAUUUCUGAAGAUCGAGUAGCAGUUUCCUCAUGGUCUCAAGCUUGUAUCGACAUUAUAACCGUAUAUGGUGUCGUGGAAGUGUCCAUUUCAACGGAACUAAUCUUGACCUGUCCUGAGAGUGUCCCCAAUAUGUUAUGUAUGACAUCUGAAGGUCACAUUGUAGUUUCGGAUCUGAAGAAUUUGGUGUGUUGUAUUUCACAAAGUGGAAGAGAAAUAUGGCGAUUGUCAGUGAACGGUCACAUAGGUGACGUAACCUGUGACAAAGAAUCAAAAACCUUGUACUUAGCGCUAAAAGAUGAAGGAUCUAUUUUAAAUGUUAGUGAAUCCGGAAGUAAAAUGUCAAAUAUUUUAAGCUUCAAGGACAAAAUACCGAUUUCUCUUGAUAUAAAAGAGAUGAACAUGUACAUUACAGAUAAAGAUUCCAAAGUGAUCAUAUGCAAUAGAAGUUGACAUGUGAAACUGUAUGUCUUUCUCUCGUAGACAUUACAAUUAAAUAGUACACAUUCUGUAAUUAAAUAAAAAAUAUAGAUAUAUACUA